UUCAAAAGAUUAUGCCACUGAUAUUCCCCAUCCAUUCUAUGGCGUUUCUGGCGAUAUUUAUCAAGCUAUCACCUACGAGGACCUGGAUCUGUAUGUGGCAUCCAAGUAUGACCCACUGGUUUGCAAGAAGGGGCCCGGCGAUCAACAAUUUGGAGAUCCGUCUCAGUUGGCCGAUUACAAAUGGGAUGGCACCUCGUUUCACACCUACCACCACGCCGAUGCAACGAAUAUUGCGAUAUCGAUGUUUGUGCUCGGCUUCAUCGGGGCAGCCUUGGCGACAGUCUCGGGCUUAUUGGUACUGAAAAUCCAAAAUCACGAGGAUCGUUAUGUUUUAGGA